AAGCGCAAAGACGUAAAAAGAGAGCACAGACAAUAAUAAUUCCUACUCCGCUCGCUCGCUCAUCGUCUCCUCCUCCCAAUCCCAAUCCCAAUCCAAACUCGAUAUUUUUGGGAUUCGACUUGGAAACCUCUUCUCUCUCCAUCUCAAUCUGGAACUGGACCCCACACAAUCGACGGUUGGAAUCCCGAGAGACUUGAUGAUCGACGGCAGUGAUUAAAUUAAAACGAAAAACAAAAAAACAAUAGUCAAAGAGAAGAAACGGUUGCACGUGGAAUUGGAGCAGCUGAUCAGGAAUUGCAGCAGUUGGUUUAGAACUCCGAGGACGAGGAGACGAAGGUCUGAACAACUGGUAGCAUGUGGGAUUUCAAUCACAGUAAGGACAUCCUGAGUUAAAUUGAACUCUUCUGUUUCCACUACCAAUUAUCAGAUUCACAUGAUUUCUUCGGGGGAAUGUGCACCAGAUGAAGGUGCUUCAGAUAAAAUGCAGCAUAGACAGAGCUCUGAUGGUGGAAUUGCAUUGGAUCAGAUACCUGAUGAUGGACUUCAAGCAAAACAAUCAGAUCAAGAAGCAGGCACUCCCUCGUCAAUACCUGAGAAAGCUUCACAGGCACCUCAUGCUGCAGUUCAGACAAGUCAAUCAGAUCAAGAGCAAAGUCCUUCCUCUAUAAUUUCUGAGAAAGGAUCACAGGCCCGUGAUCCUAGUAACCUUACAUCACAAUCGGGUCAGGAAGGAAGCACACCAUCUGUAAUUCGUGAGAAAGUGGUGACAGAAGAUGGAUAUAAUUGGCGGAAAUAUGGACAGAAACUUGUUAAAGGAAAUGAAUUUAUACGGAGUUAUUACAAAUGUACACAUUCAAGGUGUCUGGUGAAAAAGCAACUGGAACGGACACAUGGGGGGCAGAUUAUUGAUGCUACCUACUUUGGUCAGCAUGUUCAUCCCAAACCUGAACUUAUUGUCCCUGGAUCUGUUGGUUUAGCCUUGUCCGUUGUAGAUGAAAAACCAAAUGAGCCUUCUUCAAUUGGUGCGACAGACAAAUCAUUGGUUGAGUAUGGCCAAACACCUCAUCAAAUGAAGCCAGUAGAUGCCUCUCCAUCUCGGUGUUCAAUAGUUGCAGUAAGUGAUGACAUGAAAGGGGCACUUUCACAAACAAGUAGGAUAAGGAAUGAGGUUGUUGAUGAUGAUCUAGACUCAAAAAGACGGAAAAAGGAAGAGUGUAAUGUUGCCGUUUCAGCGGAGAAGCCUAGUGGUGAACCACGUUCUGUUGUUCAGACUUUGAGUGAGGUUGAUAUUGUAAAUGAUGGCUACCGCUGGCGCAAAUAUGGGCAGAAAAUGGUGAAAGGCAAUCCAAACCCGAGGAGUUACUACAGAUGCUCAAAUUCUGGAUGCCCGGUUAAAAAACACGUAGAGAGGGCAUCUCAUGAUCCAAAAGUGGUUAUAACUACAUAUGAGGGACAACAUGACCACGACAUGCCUGCUGCAAGGAUUGUUACCCAUAAUACAGCUGGAUCACAUGUUCACACAACAGCCCAUAACGGUGAGGCAGGCACUAAAUCAGAGGAAGUAGAUGCUGUUUGCACUGAAGAUGAGGAACUGAAGGACAAGCGUAGUAGAACUAAAUCAGAAAUGAAUGGCAAGCCAGGGAUUGAGACAAAUAUAAACGAGCGACAAACGCCAAAUCCAGAACCUGUCCAAAGCUGAUUCAUGAUGCUGUUUCUGGUUGCGGCAAGUCAAAGCCUGUAUGGACGAUGUUUAUUCACAUGGAUUGGGAUGGACAUGUAGCUUAUAGGAAUGCUAGAAGAGCACCAACAGGUGUUUUAAAAUAUGUGUCAAAUAACAACAGUACAACACAGAAUUUUUCUGAAUUUAUAAUAUAUAUGAUAGAUGUUUUAGUA